CGACGACAGACGCCAAAUCAGACCUGAGAUCAGCGUGUCACUCUGCCUCCACCGCAGUUUGAACGGGAGUACCGACGUCGACCUGCGGGGCCCGCCGGAACAGCAGCUGCCAGCCACCCGGUGCUCCCCGCGCGCCGCGAGUGUCUCCACGGUAACGCGAGAGGAGCCGGCGGAGGAGACGUAGCGAGACAUAUAAGACUUUAUCAGCAGCUCCGAGGUUGAGGGAAGUCAACCUGCCGCCGCACCUUUCCUCGGGGGGGCGGUUUACAACCUUGAAGGUGUGGCGGACUCACUGCCGCUCGGCGCACGUUCGGCGUCAGCAGCCUGCGCGAGGGCACCAGUCGGCCGUUGGUGGACGUCGGGAGAUACUUUUACUACAGACCUGUUGGCUAAUUAAGGAGUCAGAAAGUUUGCGUCUAAACAGGUGGAGUGAUUUUUUUUCUUGGGCGUGUCAGUGCGCAGGUGAUCCGAUUGUGGUGUUGUGUCUUUCAGCCCUCCUCCGCUUCGUUCCUUUGGUCUGCGCCAUCCGCGUCGUCAUGGACUGCCCGCUGAGCGGGGCCACUAAAGGGGCCCGUGCCCUUCACUCGGAGCGGACCUCGUCACGUCAUAGAUGCCGCUCGCUCGUCUUCGCCCCUCUAUGAGUAACUGCGGAGGGAAUAAUAAAGUUCCUCUCGGUUUGAACAAUAGAGCCAUGCAUCCGCUGCUUCCCCUCUGCGUCUUUUGGCUGCUGCCCUUGGCUUGGACGCUGGAGAAAGACUCCCGUCUGGCCGUCCCCCGCAGAUCUGUGCCCUACCAUAAGGAUAAUUGCCACCUGUUCCAUGAGGAGGGAGUGUUCAACUACUCCACCAUGCUGCUGAGAGAAGAUGUGGACCUGCUGCUGCUGGGGGCCAGGGAGGCCGUGUAUGCUCUGGACCUCAGAAACAUCUCCAAGAAGCUUUCUUUGGUUAAAUGGGAAGUGACCGAAAAACAAAAACGUGACUGUCAAAACAAAGGCAAAGAUCCCAAGACUGAGUGCAAGAACUACAUCAGGAUCCUGCAUCAGACGGAGGAUAAGAGGAUCUAUGUGUGUGGAACCAAUGCUUUUGAUCCCGAGUGUGAUUACAUGUCCUACGCAGAUGGAACGCUGACCCUCGAGAAGAAAAGAGAGGACGGCAAAGGGAAGUGUCCUUUCGAUCCUUUCCAGAGAUACGCGUCCAUCAUGGUUGAAAACGACCUGUACUCGGCCACUUCAAUAAACUUUCUGGGCUCUGAACCCGUCCUGAUGCGCAGCUCUCACACCUCCGUACGCACCGAGUUCAAGAGCUCCUGGCUCCACGAGCCCAACUUUGUUUCCAUGGCCCAGAUGCCAGAGAGCUUCAUGAGCGAGGAUGGGGAUGACGACAAGGUCUACCUGUUCUUCAGUGAGACAGCUGUGGAGUGCGACUGCUACAACAAACUGGUGGUUUCCCGCGUGGCCCGUGUCUGUAAGGGCGAUCUCGGAGGUCAGAGGACCCUGCAGAAGAAAUGGACGUCCUUCCUGAAGGCCAGGAUGGACUGUCCCGGGCUGGAGUCUCAGCUGCCGUACCUUAUCCAGGACGCUUACCGUCUGUGUGACCCUCGGCGGCAGUGGAAGGACUGUUUGUUCUACGCCGUCUUCACGCCGCAGUCGGAAACGACGGACCUGUCUGCAGUGUGUGCGUACCGCGUGUCUGACAUCAGCAGAGUGUUUGCGGAGGGGAAGUAUAAGACCCCGGUCCCCGUAGAAACCUCUUUUGUUAAGUGGGUGAUGUACAGCGGACAUGUCCCCGUCCCCCGGCCCGGAUCUUGUAUAGACAAUGUGGCUCGUAAAGAAGGCAUAACUCGCACCCUGGACCUCCCAGACCGGACCCUUCAGUUUAUCAAAGAUAGGCCCCUCAUGGACCAAGCUAUCCAGCCAAUAGGAGGGAAGCCUCUUCUGAUGCGAAGGGGAGCUCCAUUCACACGCAUCGUAGUCAACCAAGUGCAGGCGGCAGAUGGAGCGCAGUACAGCGUGAUGUUCAUAGGCACAGAGGGAGGCACGAUAGUGAAAGCAGCAAAUCACGACGGGGAGAUGUUCAUCAUCGAGGAAGUGCAACUCUUCGAGCCCCCGGAGCCAAUCAAGAUUUUGAAAUUCUCCAAUGUCACAGGUCAGCUGUACGCGGGCUCCGACAGCGGAGCAGCACAGAUGCCACUGGCCACCUGCGGGAGGUCCUCAUCCUGCAUGGACUGUGUCCUGGCCAGAGACCCAUACUGCGGCUGGGACACAGUGGUCAGGGAAUGUGUUUUCCUUUCUGAUUCCACAAGAGGACUAAUCCAAAGUGUGAAAGCUGGAGAUGCUUCUCUCUGCCCGAAUGCUGGCGCCGUGAAUCCUACGAAUCUGUCCGUCUUGUCUCAGGGGAACCUGAAGCUGCGUUGCCCGUCGCCGUCCAACCUGGCAAAAACCACUUGGGAGCGGGAUGACGACGCUUUGACUCCGUCCACUCGCCUCCAGAUUCUGGAGGACGGACUCCUCAUUCUCAACGCCACCAACUCCGAAGGCGGCCGGUACCGCUGCCUGUCCGAGGAGCGCUCCAAAGCCGCAGUGUACAAGACCACCUUGGCCGAUUACCGGGUCAGCGUGGCCGAUCCAGCUGGGUCCAACGACAGGACGACUCUUCUGGAGGCUCGGGUGGACGGCCCCUCCGUGGCCGGGCUGCAGGCUGCAGUUGCGCUCCUGCUAGUGUCUCUUCUUGCCCUUUUGGCUUGGAACUUUUACAACGGCCACCUUCCGCUGCCCUGGAACUGCAUGAAGAAGAACAUAGAACAGUCCCCGGAGAGCCAGGACGCAGCCAGGUCGGCACCGGCGGAGGGCAAGCCUCUGGUGGCCGGAGCAGACAACGGCCGCGGCAACCACCGUGCCGAGGAGAGCGGUGGCCCCAACGCUCUUCUCCCGCCUCUCCAGUUUAUUGACGACGAGUCCGAAAUUUGACCGGGACGAGCAGCUUUACUCCAUUCGGUUUCCCUCACAGCUUUUGAGAAAUGAACGUCAAUGAGCCAAACUGUUUUUGGGCAGAUCUUUCGGAUUUAUAAUUUCAGCUCUGUUUGUGUGAAAAGUUUAGAACAUUCUGAGCAGCUGAACCUUUUGACUCCUAUUGAAUCAGAUUGGAAAAGAGGAUUCUCCCCCAGGAGUGUUUUAGCGUUCUAAUAAUUGUUAAGUCCCAUUGAAAUGAUGCAUCUUCAAUCUAAAUUGAAGAUACUUAUGGAAAAUAGCUGAGAUUGAGCCAUUCCUUUCUAACCACUAGCUGUCAAGAUGUUGUGUUAUUGUAUUAAACUUUUUCUACCUGUUC